AUGGCCUCGUCCUCGCAGGAAAAGGUCAGCUUCGAGAACGUCGAGGCCGCCGAUUCUGACCAUAUCGGCAAUGCCACCAAGGGGGCCGUCGUCGGCAGCGGAGCCCUCGCGGCCGACGACUUUGGCUUCUCCCCGGCCGAGCAGAGGAAGAUCAUCCGCCAGGUCGAUCGCCGGCUGGUGCUGACCGUCGGCGCCAUGUACUGCAUCAGCCUGAUGGACCGGACCAACCUAGGCGCUGCCAACAUUGCGGGGAUGGGUGUGGAUCUGGUCUUGAUCGAGAACCGAUAUAGCAUUGUCUCCCUCGUCUUCUUCAUCACGUAUGUCCUCUUUCAGCCGCCAUCGACGGUCAUCGUCCGCAAGAUUGGACCUAGGAUCCAUCUGGCCGCCAUCACCAUCCUUUGGGGCUCGUGCAUGAUCGGCAUGGGCUUCGUGAACCACUGGGGGCAGCUGGCGGGGUUGCGGGUGCUGCUUGGUUUCCUAGAGGCUGGCUUCUUCCCGAGCUGUGUAUACCUGUUGAGUACCUGGUACACGAGGUAUGAGGUUGGCAAGCGGAACUCGGUGUUUUACCUCGUUGGCUGUGUUGCCUCUGCCUUUGCUGGUAUUCUGGCCUACGGGCUCAUGCAAAUGGCCGGGCUCGCCGGGCUUAACGGCUGGCGGUGGAUCUUCAUCAUUGAGGGCAUCAUAACCGUGUUGCUUGGCAUAGCCGGCUACUGGCUGCUGGUCGACUUUCCCGAUGCGACUCGCAAGAACUGGAGCUUCCUCGGUGCCAGGGAGCGUGAAUGGGUUUGCGCUCGCGUCAAUGCCGACCGCGGCGACGUCAAGCCACAACCUUUCUCGCUGGCCAAGUAUCUCCGUGCCGGCAUGGAUAUCAAGGUGUGGGCGUACGCCAUGAUCUUCUUCAACACGACCACCGUCACGUACGCUCUGGCGUACUUCUUGCCCCUCAUCUUGACGGAGAACAUGGGCUUCAGCAUCGGGGCGUCCCAAUGCCUGGUCGCGCCGCCCUACGCCUUCGCCGGCAUCGUCAUGUUCGCCACGGCCUGGGCCGGUGACAGGUACCGCAUCCGCGGGCCCAUCGUCGCCUUCAACUGCCUGCUGUGCAUCAUCGGCCUGCCGCUCAUGGGCUUCCACUCGAAGGCGGCCGUCCGCUACUUUGGCGUCUUCCUCGUCACCGCGGGCGCCAACGCCAACGUGCCCGCCGCCAUGUCGUACCAGGCCAACAACAUCCGGGGCCAGUGGAAGCGCGCCUUCUGCAGCGCCACCUUUGUCUCCUUUGGCGGCAUCGGCGGCAUCGCGGGGAGCCUGGUCUUCCGCAACCAGGACAAGCCGGGCUACAAGCCGGGCCUGUACGCCUGCAUCGCCACCACGCUGCUCACCUUGGUCAUCGUGGGCCUGCUCAGUCUCGAAUUCCGCCGGCUCAACAAGAAGGCGGACCGGGGCGAGGUCCCGCUCGAGUGUGAUUCGGACGAUACAUAUGAGCCUGGUUUCCGUUACACCUACUGAAUUUUUUUUUGGGGGGGGGAGGAGGAGGAGGAGGAGGAGGAAGGAGUUGGGUGAUGAUAUACCCACAUGAGCGGGUGACUUGAACGAGAUUAUUAAUCAAAUGUGCGCAGUCAUUAUUUCUUUGGGUCUAGCUGCUUCGUUGGUCCGGGUGGGCUGGGAUUGUUGGCGGGAGAAUUGUUAUGUACAGCCAGCCAACCUGAUGAUGAUGAUGUUGUUGUAAUACCAAGAAUUCAGGAGAGCCGUGUGUUGCCGUUCAUCCUGUAUAUAC